GAUCCAAUGAAUCUCCGAAGAAUAGAAUAAUGUCCAUCUCUUAAUAAAAUGUCCCAAUGCCUAAAAUUUCCUUUACCAGGAGCAACCAAUUCCUUCUCCCUUAUUCUGCCAAUUAUUUUCCUAAAUAAAAAUGUCCACUUCCAUUUUCCUCCUCUGGCUUGUUAGCAUUCCUCUAACAAUUCAUGCCACCACUAAUCCACAUCCACCCCAAGGUUUCCUCUUAAAUUGUGGUGGUGGGAAACUGGAACAAGAUUCGUUGACAUACCUACCAGAUGAUAAGUUUAUACACACGGGGAAUAAAACGGAGAUAAAACAACAAGGGAUAGUGCCAUUGCUGUCCUCUGUUCGUUAUUUUCCGGAUCUGGUGGAAGAGAAAUUCUGCUAUCAAUUACCAGUGAAUAAAGGGAGGAAAUUGCUGGUGAAAACUAUAUAUUAUUAUGGAGGUUUUGAUGGAGGAACUGUGCCACCAGUAUUUGAUCAAAUCAUUGAUGGUACAAAGUGGAAUAUUGAUACAUCAAAGGAUUAUAAAGAUGGCGGAAGCUCCUAUUAUGAGCUUAUUAUGGUUGCUCAUAAUAAGGUUUUGAGUGUUUGCUUUGCUAGAAAUGAGCAUACAACUUCUGAUCCUUUUAUCUCAGCAAUUGAAGUGUUGUAUCUUGAUGAUUCCCUUUAUAAUACUACUGAUUUUGCCAAGUAUGCACUGGUUACUCUUGCUCGUCAUAGCUUUGGAUCACAUGAUACCAUAAUUUUUCCAGAUGACAAAUUCAAUCGACGUUGGGAUGAAUUUGUAGACAUCAAUCCAGUUGUAACAAGCCAUGUCCCUGUAACUCCAACAACAUUCUGGAAUAUGCCACCAGCUCAGGUUUUUGAAAAUUCAGUGACAGCCAGUAGAGGGAAGUCUCUUGUGGUAAAUUGGCCAAAAUUUAUGCUUCCUAAGACCUAUUACUACAUUGCUUUGUACUUCCAAGAUAACAGAACCCCAAGUCCAUAUAGCUGGAGAGUUUUUGAUGUAUUAGUGAACGGAGUAAUGUUCUUUAAAAAUCUUAAUGUCACAACCAGUGGUGUAACUGUUUAUAGCACAGCUUGGCCUCUUGAAGGGAAUACAACGAUUACAAUGGCUCCUGCUAUUAAUAGCCCUGUAGGUCCAAUUAUCGCAGCUGGUGAACUCUUUCAACUAUUGCCUCUUGCUGGAAUAACUCUUACUAGAGAUGUGGCGGUGAUGGAAGACUUAAGAGAAAGCUUUGACAAAGAACCUCGAGAUUGGCAUGGUGAUCCAUGUCUUCCGACGGACAAGUCAUGGACUGGAGUUGAAUGCUCUUCUGGCACAAACCCACGAAUAACCUCCCUGAAUUUAACCAAUGUUGGAAUUACUGGAUCAUUGCCGCCAAGCAUAUCUAGAUUAACUGCACUCAGUCAUCUGUGGCUUGGAAGCAACAAACUUACAGGUGAAAUACCUGAUUUAAGCUCAUUGCAGAGCUUAGAAACUCUGCACUUGGAGGACAACCAGUUACAAGGACCAAUCCCGGAAUCAUUAGGAAAACUACCUAAACUUCGAGAAGUGUUUCUCCAAAACAACCAUCUCAAAGGGAGUAUUCCAGGAAGCCUAAAAAACAAGAAUGGCAUAAACCUUAAGGUGUCUCCCGGAAAUGAAGUAUCAAGUUAGGAACUGGCGUAAAGAGAGGAUCAAAUGAAGAACUACCGGAACUUGUUACAUACUUCAAGAAGUGCACAGAGAUUUUCGGGACCUUGCACGAGCAACCCAAGUUAAUUAUAAGAUGGAAUGAAGGGAUUCGGAGAAGAGCUUUUAGUCUUGGUGUACUUCGUGUAUAGGAUAAACAUACUCACAUCUAAUACUUGAAAAAAAAAAAAAGUAGCAAAGUAAAGGUGUACUUUUAAAUCAGUCAUGACUAGUAAUCAUUUAAUUACAGAUAGAUGUAACCAUGUUUUCUUUUUUGGAUUCAAAUUACAUGUAUGUAUAAGAAAUUCAGUAUUUAAGGGAAUUUGCCGAAACUACAGAAAAUCUAUACUGU